UCUGUGUGUAGUGCAACAUCAACAGAGCAGGAUGAAUACGUUCACUAUCAUAGAAGUAUUUUUUUUUCACAGUUGAUCCUACUUAACCCUGGGAUAAAACAGCGGAUAAGAGAAGCAUAGUUCUGUUCUGCAGUGAUCGUAUUGAAACUAAGUCGUACGCUGACGCUGUACCUGAGGAGAGGACCUGUUUGCUAGUGCGAAAGAGGAGGUGGAGCCAUUUGCAAUGGCAGGAGGACGGAGAGGAGCGAACAGAACAACAUACUGUCGCUCUCCACUGGGCAGUGAGACGGGCUCUGUCAACAAUGGCAACCAUUCGACCAGCUCACCUGUGACUGGCGUGAGGUCACGGACAAGGAACGGCUCCGGGACCGGGAUACCCAGCCCGCCUCUUGCCACACAGACGGUAGUACCGCUGAAGCACUGCAAGAUUCCGGACCUCUCCGUGGACAAGAAUGUCCUGUUUGAGCUGCACCUCUUCUUCUGCCAUCUUGUAGCACUCUUUGUACACUACGUGAACAUCUACAAGACGGUGUGGUGGUAUCCGCCCUCACACCCGCCCUCGCACACCUCGCUGAACUUCCAUCUAAUUGAUUAUAACAUGCUGGUGUUCACCAUCAUCGUGCUGGCUCGCAGACUGGUCGCGGCCAUAGUGAAAGAGGCAUCUCAGAGUGGGAAGUUGUCCUUUCCUCACUCCAUCUUCCUGGUGACAGCUCGCUUUGCUGUGCUGACCCUCACCGGCUGGAGCCUGUGCCGUUCUCUCAUAUACCUCUUCAGAACGUACUCAGUCCUCAGCUUGCUGUUCCUCUGCUACCCGUUUGGAAUGUACAUUCCAUUCUUCCGGCCCAGCUGUGACAUGCGGAGAACGGGGCCCCUUUCCCCCAUCACCACAGUCACCUCCAAGGAGGCAGGGGGCGACAGCGGGCGUGACUACCUCUCUGUACUGAAGGAGACGUGGAAGCAGCACACCAGCCAGCUGUAUGCCACCCAGCCCAUGCCCACGCACGCCUGCUGCCUCUCGCCAGACCUCAUCCGCAAGGAGGUGGAGUUCUUGAAGAUAGACUUCAACUGGCGCAUGAAGGAGGUUCUGGUCAGCUCCAUGCUGAGCGCGUACUACAUUGCCUUCGUGCCCGUCUGGUUCGUGAAGAGCACUCAGUAUGUGGACAAGCGCUGGUCAUGCGAGCUCUUCAUCCUGGUGUCCGUCAGCACCUCUGUGAUCCUCAUGCGGCACCUGCUGCCACCGCGAUACUGCGAUCUGCUCCACAAGGCUGCGGCCCACCUGGGCUGCUGGCAGAAGGUGGACCCCUCGCUCUGCUCCAACGUCCUCCAGCACAUGUUAUGGACAGAAGAAUACAUGUGGCCGCAGGGAGUGUUGGUUAAACACAAUAAAAAUGUAUUUAAAGCCAUGGGGCACUAUAACGUAGCGGUACCUUCAGAUGUCUCACAUUACCGCUUCUAUUUCUUCUUCAACAAACCUCUCCGAAUAUUGAACAUCCUCAUCAUCUUGGAAGGAGCGAUGAUAUUUUAUCAACUGUAUUCACUUAUGUGUUCAGAAAAAUGGUACCAGACAAUAUCAUUAGCUCUCAUACUCUUCAGUAACUACUAUGCUUUUUUCAAACUCCUCAGAGACAGAAUAGUGUUAGGGAAGGCCUAUUCAUACUCUGCAUCCUCAGAUCACAAAGUCAGUUAGAGGGAGCUUAAAUAUUUUUCUUUUUGUCAGCCAUCACAUUGGAGCAAAAGCUUGCAUGAGAGGUUUUUAUUUUUUUCUAUAACUUUUUUGGCACUAUGUUUAUGUUCUGACCUGCAAGGAAAUAAAAAAAAUAUUUUUGUA